UAUCGUCGAGUUACCGACUUUGGCAACUCGCACUUGGCGCGUGUUUGCAGUCUCGCAGCGGUCUCGUGUUAUUCCUUCAAACCUCACGAUGCAAAUCCCAAGCUUUUUCCUCAUAACACCUUCUUAAUGCAACCGAAUUCUACCUCAAUUCGUUUCCUGUGAGAAAAAUGGGUCGGAAAAAGCAGGUCAAUCCACGUCGAUCAGGCGCCUUAAUUAUAGACAACACUGGUAAUGUUGAACCCAAACAGGAUGUAAACCGAAACGAGGAAAAGGGAAAGGAGGGAGUAGUAGAUAUAGAGAAACCAUUCUUUGUAGAAGUUGAUAGGGCUUCUUGGCUUUCGGAUGAGCAUCUCGACCUAUCUGAGGUUCUUUUGAUUGAUUUGAAUUUGAAAGAAGGGUAUGCUGGUUAUAGAAUCAGUGAGGACUUUUAUGGGGACUCCAAGUACUCCUUAAGGUUUCGAGUUUGUAAUGUCAGUGAGUUUGUCAAUCGUAUUAAACUAGGACAUUGGCCUGUGUUAUCUUCUAGUGAUGUAUCUUUGGAAUUGAUAGAGAAGAACAUAUCUGAUGGCGCGGAGAUGGAAUCGUUGAUGUUAUCUGGGAGUUUUGACGGUCCUGAUGAAGGUAUUUCAGCUCUUGUGCACUUGGCUAGUUUGAAAUUUCUGACUUUACGGCUGUUGCCAGAGGUAACACUUUCAGAGAGCUUCAUGUCUUUGAGAGUCAGGGUGGAAAUACUAAAGAGUGUUUUUGAUGAUUGUGAGUCACUCCUGGAGAACACAAGACAACUUUGGAAAAAGAGUAUGAUUAAUGUUAUGGCUUGGCUACGUCCUGAAGUAAUGACAUCUGAGGCUAAGUAUGGAAUUAGUGAAUCAGCAGACAUGGAAGUUGAUUUGGAUCCAGCGACAGAAGAUGAUACUUCGCGAUCUGGAAAACGAAUGAGGUUUGAUGCUGCUGAGUUUUAUGAAGCCAUAAAGCCAUCAAAAGAGAAAUUGAUGCUGAAUGAUGAAAUUCCUGACUUGCUCCCUGUUUUGAGACCAUAUCAGCGGCGUGCAGCCUACUGGAUGAGACAACGAGAGAAGGGUGAUUCAAAAAUUCUGGAAGAAUGGGAAAGGAGCAUGUUGUCUUCUCCAUUGAGUAUACCUGUGGAUUUUCUUGAUACUUCUUCAAAAAUGUUCUUUAAUCCAUUUGGUGGAAAUGUUUCUCUUCAUCCAGAGCCCAUGCCUCCUUAUGUCUGUGGUGGUAUUCUAGCAGAUGAAAUGGGCUUGGGAAAGACUGUUGAACUGCUUGCUUGCAUCUUUACACACCAGAAGCCUGAAUCUGAAGGUGCUGUAUUUAAGGAUACUGUAGCUAAGGUUACAACUGAUGGGAAAACUAGUCUCAAAAGACUGAAAAGGGAGCGUGUUGAGUGCAUAUGUGGAGCUGUGAGUGAAAACCGUAAAUAUAAAGGACUAUGGGUGCAGUGUGACAUGUGUGAUGCUUGGCAACAUUCAGAAUGUGUCGGUUAUUCACCUAGAGGAAAAGCCCGGAAAGUCGGUGAAAAUGCUGAUGAACAAGGACUACAAAAGCUAAAAAGAAGGAAAGAGACAACCAACAUUGUUGUCAGAGAGGGAGAGCAUAUCUGCAAGCCAUGUUUGGAGCUACUACAAGCUACUGACUCUCCCAUUGCUACAGGUGCAACUCUUAUAGUCUGUCCAGCUCCUAUAUUAUCUCAAUGGCACACUGAGAUUAUUCGUCAUACACGUCCAGACUCGUUAAAAAUUUGUAUCUACGAAGGAGUAAGAACUCCUUCUCUUUCAAAUGCAUCUAGAGUGGAUAUCAAUGAACUUGUCAGUGCUGACAUUGUAUUAACAACAUAUGACGUACUCAAAGAGGACCUCACUCAUGACUCUGAUAGGCAUGAAGGUGAUCGGCGCUUCUUGAGAUUCCAGAAGAGGUACCCUGUUAUUCCAACUCUUCUCACUAGAAUAUUGUGGUGGAGGGUUUGUCUAGAUGAGGCGCAAAUGGUGGAGAGCAAUACUGCUGCUGCAACAGAAAUGGCCAUGAGAUUAUAUGCUAAGCAUCGCUGGUGUAUUACGGGCACUCCUAUACAACGCAAACUUGAUGACUUAUAUGGACUUUUAAGAUUCCUGAAACUAAGUCCUUUCGAUGUUUCAAGGUGGUGGGUGGAAGUUAUACGAGAUCCAUAUGAGAAAAAAGAUGGAGGUGCUAUGGAAUUCACACAUAAAUUUUUUAAACAAAUCAUGUGGCGUUCUUCAAAAUUACAUGUUGCUGAUGAGUUGCAUCUUCCCCCUCAAGAGGAAUCCGUCUCUUGGCUCACUUUCUCACCAAUUGAAGAACACUUUUAUCAAAGGCAACAUGAAACAUGUGUGAGUUAUGCCAGUGAAGUUCUUGAAAGUGUGAAAGAAGAUUUCCGGAAAAGAGAAAUGCCAGGUGGUGUUUCAUCUGGUGCAACGUUCGAUCCGUUUAUCACACAUGCAGAAGCAGCAAAGCUGCUGAACGCACUCUUGAAGCUACGUCAAGCCUGUUGUCACCCUCAAGUAGGAAGUUUUGGGCUGCGUUCUCUGCAGCAGGCCCCAAUGACUAUGGAGGAAAUAUUAAAUGUUCUUAUUAGCAAGACCAAGACAGAAGGAGAGGAAGCGCUCAGGAUGUUAGUCAGUGCUUUAAAUGGGCUUGCAGGAAUAGCUAUAAUAGAAGAGAAACUCUCUCAAGCAGUAUCAUUAUAUAAGGAAGCACUGGAUCUAACUAAAGAGCAUUCUGAGGAUUUUCGCCUGGACCCUCUGUUGAGUAUUCACAUCCAUCACAAUCUUGCUCAGAUACUACCUGUGGUUACAACCUUCUCAGAGCAACUUCCAGUAGAGAUACAAUUCUCUGAAAACUCUGAGAAAGCCUCCAUAGACCACAACAUUGAAAUAUGUGAUCAAAGUUCUGUGAAGAGGCAGAAACUCGAGGACCUUGAGGAUUCUAAAACCAGUGCUGGUAAUCUGCAUGAUAUAGCAUCUUACCUAUCAGAAAAAAGCACAAAUAAUGACCAAGAUUGUAAUGGUCAGUGCCACAUGUCAUCUGGAGCUUUAAAUGAACAAUAUUUGAGAAUAGAAUGCCAAAAUUUAAAACAGAAGUACUUAUCAGCAUUUACUACAAAGUUAUAUGCAGCUCAGCAAGAGUUCAGAAAGUCAUACAUGCAGGUUUCUAAUGCAUUGAGUGGCACUAGUAAUGAAUAUAGAGUUUGGUGGUUGGAAGCUCUUGAUAAUGCCGAGAAAGACAAGGAUUUCUCCAGUGAGUUAAUCAGAAAGAUUGAAGAGGCUAUCUCAGGAUCUCUUAAGAACCACCGCUCAUCAAGAAUGUCUUCCUGGUUUCAGAGUAUUACUGCUCUAAAGUAUCACAUCCAGACUGGUUUAGAUCUAUUGGAAUCCUUUAGGGGAAAAGUGCUUGAUAGACUUUUAGAAAUUGAUCAAACAAUGGAAAAUCCAAAAGAGGAGGAUAUUGAGCGUGUACGAUAUUGCCGUAAUUGUCAGGUUAUUGGUGAUGGGCCAAUUUGUGUUCAUUGCGAACUAGAGGAUUUGUUCCAGGAUUAUGAGGCAAGGCUUUUUCGGGUUAACAAAAAGGAUGGAGAGAUGGUUACUUCUGCUGAAGAGGCAAUAGUUCUGCAGAAGAAGAAGUCUGCACUUAAUCGAUUUUAUUGGAGCUUAUCGCAGCCAACCAAAAAUUCAACUUCAUCUAAUGUAGAUGAUAAAGAACUGAAGAGAGGUGUUCAAGAAACAAUAGUGGUCUCUAAAUCUCCAUCUCAAUUGGAAGUAGCUCUUGGAGUUAUAAAGAGCUCUUGCAAGGCUCAGUUAGGAAAAGAUGGUAUGUUGGCAGCUACAAAGCAGCUACAAAUUCUGGAGGGAAUGAGGAAGGAGUAUCGGCAUGCUAGGCUAUUAGCAAUUGCCCAAGCACAAGUUCUGAAUGCGCAUGACGAAAUCAAGAUGGCAACGACUCGAUUGCACAUAAGAGAGUUUGAAAAUGACAAAUCAAUUGAUGCUUUAAGUCCAGAUGAGUUGGCUUCAGCUAGUGUGCAAAACACUAGUGACAAAUUCCUGUCCUUGACUUUGUUAUCGAAUAUCAAAGGGAAACUUCGUUAUUUAAAGGGAUUGGUUCUAUCUCAAAAUCUGGUGCAAAUGGAGAGUUCUGAUAAUUCAACUUUAACUCAAGAUAUGUCUACCAUGUUGUCUUAUAUAGAACAGAAAAGCGCAUGUCCACUUAAAGCUAACCAGGAAGCUUGUCCUAUUUGUCAAGAAAAGCUAAGCAGUCAGAAGAUGGUAUUUCAAUGUGGACAUGUUACUUGCUGUAAAUGUUUAUUUGCUAUGACUGAACAAGGAUUAAGCCAUGGCAACAAGUGUCAGAAUAAAUGGGUAAUGUGCCCAACAUGUAGGCAGCACACAGAAGUUGGAAAUAUUGCUUUAGCUGUUGAUAGGCAAAUUUCACCUAUCCCUCACACAUUUCAAGGUGGUGACAGUUAUGAAGCAUCUUUGACUGUUCAAGGUUCCUAUGGAACAAAGAUUGAAGCUGUUACACGAAGGAUCUUGGGGAUCAAAUCUGCUGACCCAAAAGCUAAAGUCCUGGUUUUUUCAAGCUGGAAUGACGUUCUUGAUGUGUUAGAACACGCAUUCACUGCUAAUGACAUUACCUACAUCCGAAUGAAAGGAGGAAGGAAAUCACAUGUUGCCAUCAGUGAAUUUAGAGGACAAAAUAUUGGUGGAAGCGGACAGAAGAUGCGGAAGUCGGAACCAAAAUUUAUUCAGGUGCUAUUGCUCUUGGUCCAACAUGGUGCAAAUGGCCUAAAUCUUUUAGAGGCACAGCAUGUUAUUCUUGUUGAACCAUUACUAAAUCCUGCAGUUGAAGCACAAGCGAUCAGCAGGGUACAUCGAAUCGGGCAGGAUAAGAGGACACUUUUUCAUCGCUUUAUAGUUAAAAACACUGUCGAAGAGAGCAUAUAUAAACUCAACAGAAGCAGGAACUCGAGCGGCUUUGUUGGGAACACCAAGAAUCAGGACCAGCCUGUUCUGACAUUUAAAGAUGUCGAAUCCCUCUUCGCCACAGCACCAUCUACAGUACCAAAAACCAGUGAAGAUGGGACCAAAAGUGAAAGUCUGAGACACCUACCUCCUUCCAUGGCCGCUGCUAUAGCUGCUGAGAGGAGACUCAAGGAAAACCCAACCGCUUGACAUUCACGCCGGUUAAGGAUACAAAUGAAAAUCAUCUGUAGCGCAAUCUUGUAACCAGUUUCAGCAGGCUGUUGAAAUGGUUAAAUUUGUAGGCUUUCUAACCAAGGUUUAGCUUUAUCCCCCCCCCCUUUUGUUCAUUAGAUUAUUAUUUCAUCCGUUAACAUAAGGAAUAUUUGUCUUUAGGGCUCUAAUGGUAGGGAAUUAAGCUCAGCACAAUUAUGUAUGCAGAACUUAUAAAAGUAAUAAGCUUUACAAA